GUCUCCAUAGCCCCCUCUCCCCCCUCUUUCUUGGUGGAGGGUCUCAUCGUAGCGAUGAAAAGACGAGCGCAGAUUUGUUGUCAACUCCUCGCGAAACCUCCCCACAACAGAAGUGUGUCAUUGCAGCUCUGGAGCUCGAGACAUAGCCAAAUAAGAAAACAAUAAUAACCGUAAAGAAUAAAAGAGUUCUUCCACCACGAUGCACUCACGCAGCGGCAGCCACAGAGGUCGUGCGUCCCGUGCCGGCGGAAAUGGCGGCAGCGGCAGCCGCAGCAACAACACGACUGCAGAAAAGACGCCGCAAGGUCCUCCUUCUUCCGGCUCUUCUCUUCCCACCACCACCACCCUCGCACAGCUCGAUAAAAAAGAUGAAGCUCAGCCGGCAAGUUCAUCCUCUGACACAGGAACCUUCGCCAUUAUCGAAGCCAUUCUUAGUAAUCUCAGCAACCCACGUUUGGACUCGGUGCAGCGGCUUCUCAAGAACGUUGUGUCUGGCGCGGCGACGGUGGUACGGGGCACCGACUCCCAGCGCCGCUUCACCAGCACCUACACGGAGUUCUGCCGGAGUGCACUACGGUGCAUGGCCGACGUGGAGGACGCCGUGUUUGAGCACCUUCACCCGGGCCGGCGUGCGGUGGACGCGGGCGAUGACGAAAUCAGCGGAAUCGCCGAGGACUUCUUCCUCAAGCAGGUCGCCGCGUAUGUGUCGACGCACACGAGGUCGCUGGGGCGGGCGUACCUGGAGCAUGUUGCGCUGGGGGCGCUGGAGAAGCAGCACAAGCGGGAGCGCACGAACGUCACCGGCGCCCAACGUGCAGCCAAGGCGAGUCGCACGGGGGAAGGGCACAGCAGCGCUGGCGGGGGUCGCAGCAGUAGCGGCAGCGGCGGCGGCAGCCAUAGUGGCAUUGUGGGCGCCGACGGUGCCGGCGCGACUUCUGCGUUCGACACGCUGGGCCUGAUUGACGCGCAAGACACGAUGCGGGAGGCACUGCACAUCAUUGAGCAGGAGAAGAACGCGACAGCAACUGCUGCUGGUGCUGGUGGUGCUACUUCUGCAACUCACGGAAACGCACGGCGGCGUGGGCAGCAAGCCGUCACCGCCUCUAUCGGUAAGCAUUACCUCGGUGACUGUUCGACCGGCAUCUUUGUGUCUAGGGCGACGUCCUCCGUCGGCGGCGGUGCUGGUGUUGGUUCUGCCUCGAACAGCAUAGGCAGUAAUGCGUUUGCCGGUGAGCAGGUCGUGUACGACUUACGCAACCCACAGCUGAAGCUGUCGAGUAUAACGGAGCUGUCGACGCGGUUGCAGCCGUGGACUCUGCCCCUGUCCUUCAGCGGUGUUUUCCUCGAGCGUGUGACAACGGAGCGGGAGCGCAAAGGGGCUGGUGGCGGUCAUGCGCUGACCACGCCGAGCCCAGCCGGUGUGAAUGCAGGCGUUAGUAGCAGCAGCGGCAGCAGUGCUCCUCCCACCUUCCACGCAGAGCCGACAACGACGAUGCUGGACGUGUGCCUCGCUCCAACACCGAUGGAGCUGCUGCGCCAGUACGAAGCACACGAGGCCAUGUUAGCCGCGGAGCCGCAGCCGUGGCUGCCGACUUCGCCGGGUAUGUUGGCCGGGCCGUAUAGCGUUGUCCCGUACGCGGGCAAGCGUGGGACUGCCGGUGGCGGCUCCCCACGUCCCACCAUCGCAUCGCUGCCGCCACCGUCACCCCUGUCUGCGCUUUCGAGCGAAGCCGUCGUCGGCGGUGGUGGCAGUGCACCGCACGACACGGACACCCUGGGCAACACGGCUGCGGUCACCGAUGCGGUGGGCGACUCCGAGUUUUUUCCUGCUGUGCGGGCGAAUAAGACGCUCACGUGCCUGCCGCAGUUUGUGAUGUCCAACUUGUCGCACUUCGGGGUGUCUCGCAUGGAGUUCGUGUACACGAUGACACCGGCGCCGAAGCAGGCGUGA